AUGCUUUGUCAGCUUCCUGGGGUGUCGAGACACACGAGAACACCCACGGAGUGCAGAGGGGGAGGGCUCUCGCUGCAGCUGCUAGGACAGCAGGAACACGUCGUGCUGCUGCAGUUCCUGCAGCAGCAGCAACAGCAGCAGCAGCAGCAGCAGCAGCAGCACGAUUUCUCGUCCUACUUGAAUCCAAAUGAAUACCCAGGGCCCCCAUUUCACGCAGAGGGGGGCCCCCACGCGUCGCCUCCUUCACAGCCCCUGAACACAGCGCCACGGGGGCCCUUUGGGGGGCCCACGAGGGAGCAGAGGAGUACGAGGAGGCCCUAUGAGGGGGCCCCAGCUGCUUUGUCAGCUUCCUGGGGUGUCGAGACACACGAGAACACCCACGGAGUGCAGAGGGGGAGGGCUCUCGCUGCAGCUGCGAGGACAGCAGGAACACGUCGCGCUGCUGCAGUUCCUGCAGCAGCAGCAACAGCAGCAGCAGCAGCAGCAGCAGGGGGAUCAACAGUAGGUAUGCUGUGGAAUGAUACAAACUAUGAAGAGUUUAUUUCCUCUUCUUCUUCGAGCUAUAUACACCCCAGAGGAGCGCCAGCUGUCGAUACACUGCAGUGGGUGGGGAGCGUCCAGGCUGUGCGGGGGAGAUCGAGUUACUUUUGUCCUUCAGCAGCAGCAGCAGCAGCAGCAGGAGGCGUCCAGGCUGUGCGGGGGAGAUCGAGUUACUUUUGUCCUUCAGCAGCAGCAGCAGCAGCAGCAGGAGAAUUAGGAGCAGCAGCAGAAGCAGGAGAAACAGCAGCAACAGCAGCAAGAACAAUACACGGAGAAGAUGAUGCGGGCUGCUGCAGCUGGCCCCCUAUCUCAAUCCCCAGCAGCAACAGAAGAGGCAGAGAUAGAGAGCAGCGAGAAGGAGACAGAGUUUCUUCUUUUCCUUUGUCUUUGUCUUUGUAUGAUUCUCUGUCUCCUUUAGAUAUCUUAAAAGCAGCAGGAGCAGGUGGAGUUGAUGGCGACCCACCUGCUGCUGCUGCUGCUGCUGCUGCUGCUGCUGCUGCAGCAGCAGCAGCAGCAGACGAUGAAGGGUCUCGGGGGCUGGAAGAUAUCUUAAAAGCAGCAGGAGCAGGUGGAGUUGAUGGCGACCCUGCUGCUGCUGCUGCUGCUGCUGCUGCAGCAGCAGCAGCAGCAGCAGCAGACGAUGAAGGGUCUCGGGGGCUAGAAGCCCCCCAGCAGCAGCAACAGCAGCAGCAGCAGCAGCAGCAGCAGCAGCAGCAGCAGCAGGAGCAGCAGCAGGAAGAGGAGAAGCAGAAGAGAAAGAGAGAGAAGAAAGAUACAAAGACGGAUGGAUAG